UUAUUCAUAACAAUUACUGGAUCUGUACACGAGGCUGCUGUCUUUUGGAUGUUUCAGAUAUGAUCAGCGUUUUAUUUUGAAUUGUGAGGUCAUUUAAGCAGCUGCUGGAUUUAAAAGCUUUUGAUCUACUUUGAAGACACAAUGAUCUUCAUUUCAGCUGAAAAACGACACUUCGCUUUUUACUUGUCAGUUGGUCUGUUGAGUAUACCACUGCUUGCAGAAUGCAUUGAGGUUAAGCUGGUCGGGCCUUCACGUUGCUCUGGUAGACUGGAGGUCUUGCACACAGGCAGUUGGGGAACUGUGUGUGAUGACCAAUGGAGCCUCGCCAACGCUGACGUGGUAUGUCGAGAGUUAAACUGCGGGACAGCUCUUGAGGCCACUAAAGGCGCCUCUUUUGGAGAGGGAAAGAACAUGAUCUGGUUGGAUGAUGUGCAGUGUACUGGUCAUGAGACAUCUGUCCUCAAGUGCCCACACAGACCAAUGGGGCAAAAUAACUGCGGCCACUCUGAAGAUGCUGGGGUUACCUGUUCAGAACAUGUGAAGGUAGUCAACGGAAGCAAUCGGUGUACUGGCAGAGUGGAAGUCUACCAUGAAGGCAACUGGAAACGAGCAUGCAAAAGUGACUGGGCGACGUUAGACGCUGUCGUGGUGUGCCGAGAGCUUAACUGUGGCACCCCUAUCACUCAGACUGAAGAGCUACAUUUUGGAGAGUCACGUGACCUGCAUGGCAUCAAACCCAACUGUUUAGGAAAUGAGAGCUCUAUCUCACUGUGCCGAAUUCAGGAAAGCAAGGAAAGCUGUGUGGAUGCUACUAUCGUCUGUGAACACAGUACACCAAUUCGACUGGUAAACGGCUCUUCUGAUGGUCGGUGCUCUGGACGUGUGGAAGUCUACCACGAUGGAAAUUGGGGAACGAUUUGUGAUGACAAAUGGGGGAUGCAGGAAGCAGAUGUGACAUGUCGAGAGAUGAAUUGUGGGAAUGCUAUCUCUGUCAAGUACAAGUCUUUUUUCGGAAGAGGUCAGGAUCAGGUUUUGUUGGACGAUGUUGAGUGCACUGGUCAUGAGAAGUCCCUUUCUGAAUGCCCGCACAGAGGUUUUGGAGAACACGACUGUGACCACAAUGAAGAUGCUGGUGUUAUAUGCUCAGAAUCGCUCAGAUUGGCCAAUGGGACUGACCGCUGCUCUGGCAGAGUGGAAGUCUUAGCCAAUUUCCACUGGGGGAAAAUUUGUAAUAACUUGGCUAGCGAAGAUGCUGCAGUGGUGUGUCAGGAACUAGGUUGUGGUGCUCCAAAAAAAAUCCAAGAAAGCUUCAAUUUUGGUGACAGCACACUCAGAGGGUAUUCAAGUAGAUGCUCUGGCCCUGUGGAUUCCUUCUCCAAAUGCAAUAUUCAAGAUUACACCGGGACAUGUGAAGCGUUUUCUCUUUCAUGUGCAGGUAAUCCACCGCUAAGGCUUGUGAACGGCACUGAUCGAUGCUCUGGUAGAGUGGAGGUUCUUCAUGAUGGCGCGUGGGGAACUGUGUGUGAUGAUGAGUGGGACAUCAAAGAUGCUCAGGUGGUUUGCAGAGCCAUGGACUGUGGAACACCUAAGACGGCCAAAUCCUCUUCCUUCUUUGGUGCAGGCCAAGGAGACAUUUGGCUGGAUAAUGUUAGAUGUGUCGGUAAUGAGACGUCGCUAUUGCACUGCCGACAUGCCCCCCGUGGAGAAAAUAACUGUGGCCAUAUGGAAGAUGCGGGUGUGGUGUGCUCAGCUACAAUUAGACUGAUCAAUGGGACUGACCAUUGCUCUGGCAGGGUUGAGUUCUACACUGGUGUCAAAUGGGCAACACCAUAUAAUGUUAACUGGGGAAUAAAUGAAGCAACAGUGGUGUGCAGAGAGAUGAAUUGCGGAGAUCCUGACAAGCUUCCAGGAUCAUACGGUCAUGGCGGACAUCCUGGAGGGUAUCAGGUCAGCUGUAACGGUAGAGAGAGUUCUCUCUCACAGUGCACACUGAGAGAACGUGGAAGAACAAGCCAUGAUCGCAUUGAAGAGGCAUCUGUAAAAUGUUUAGGCAAUGUGAGGUUGUCCAAUGGGUCCAGUCGUUGUGCUGGAAGAGUGGAGUUUUACGACAACGGCCAGUGGGGCACUGUGUGUGGUGAAUCCUGGGAUGUGAAUGAUGCAAAUGUGGCGUGCAGACAGCUUGACUGCGGGACAGCUCAUAAGAUUACCACAAAGACUGAGUAUGGCCAUGGCACAGGACAUACCUGGAUCAAUCGAAUCGAAUGCAAUGGAUUGGAGUCAACACUGGGUCAGUGCUCACAAAGUCCUUUAAGAGACAGAACCUGCAACACUACCUCAGUUGCUGGUGUUGUCUGCACAGGAAGUUUGGAGGUCCGGUUGGCGAAUGGUAAGGAUGUGUGCUCUGGCAGAGUAGAGGUCCGUCAUGGCGACAUGUGGCAAACUGUGUGUGACACAGACUGGAACCUGAGUAAAGCUCAGGUGGUGUGUGAGCAGCUUGAAUGCGGUGAGGCCAAGAACGCUCCAGGCGGUGCCCAUUUUGGUGAAGGCAGUGGACCAGUAGUGGAGGCGAGCAAUUCAUGUUUUGACAAUGUGACAUCUCUUCGGCAAUGCUCGGCCAAAGGUUACAGAGGAGCAAGCUGUGGGCACGGACAUGACGCUGGCACUGUCUGUGCAGCACAGAUUCGGUUGGUCGGCGGCACAGGUCAAUGCUCCGGUAGAUUGGAGAUCCUCUACAAAGGCCAGUGGGGGACUGUGUGUGAUGAUGAAUGGUCACUUGGCAAUGGUGAUGUGGUAUGUAGACAGCUUAGCUGCGGACAUGCAGUUUCUGCUCCUUCAAGUGCCCACUUUGGUAGAGGCACUGGUCCAAUAUGGCUGGAUAAUGUGGAGUGUGCAGGCGAAGAGAAUGCAAUCACACAUUGUCCGCACAACGGUUUUGGAGAAAAUAACUGCGGGCACGGAGAAGAUGCUAGUGUUAUCUGUAUAGGUGCUCUACACAAGCCCAAAAUCACUUUGAUUCCCGCUCCAGAGGUAAACUGGGGUACCAAAGUUGAGAUCACAUGCACUAUACUAGCAGAACAGUUGGGCGGGACAUUCGUCCUGAAGAGGACCCAAGACUCCUUUAAAAUGGAAAGAUACACGGAGAAUGAAGCUGCAACCUUUAUCUUCCAUUCAGUAGAUUUCAACCAGAAGGGGUCAUAUUUCUGUGAAUAUCAAAAGAAAUUGCCCAAUCAAGUCAUCUAUUUUCCUCAAGGAGAAACGGCAGAGCUCUCCAUCAUAGUGAAACUGGAAAAACCCACCCUCUCCCUGUCGUCUCCUUAUGCAAUGGUGGUCUCCACCCCUGACAAAAUAUCGGUCACCCAAGGGAACAGCUUCUCCAUCAUUUGCUCUACUCAUUCCAUAUACACUGGAGGUUUCUUCUAUCUGACAAAGUCCCACAACAAUGCCACUGAAGCGGUGCCUGCAUUUGGCUACACCAUCCACUACAUGACAACCUUUAACUUUCCUGCAAUAGAUUAUAAAACCCAAGGGGAUUAUAGGUGCAUCUACGGAGUGAACAUUUCUUCAAUGUCCUUCUCUUCAGUUCCCUCCAAGUCACUCCAAGUCUCUGUAGUCGCGGCCUCAUCCUCUUCAGUGGUCACAGGAUGGGUUGUGGGUUUGCUGUUAGUGUUACUUGUGGGGGUUAUAGGUUACCUGAUGUGGAGAAAGAGAAGGAGGAUUGCUGGUACAAUGGUUCAGUUCAGUAACAGGUUUGGAGGAGCAUUAAAGGAUGAUCUCGACGACAGGUGCAAUGGAGCCCUCUAUGAAAGUGCCAGAAAUACCCAAGACAAUGAGCAGACGCACAGCCCCGGGCAGGAAGAAAACAAUGCUGAUGUUGAUAACUCUGUGGAGAGGAUCCCUGAAGAUCUGGCUGGGAGAGUGUGCUAUGAGCUAGAACCACUCGUUUUUCCUUGAUAACUAAAUGCAUCAAGUAAUGAAGAAUGUCGUGCAAUUUCACAAAACGUGAAAUGUUUGGGUGGUUAAAGUUUAUAAGUCUGCUGCAUCUUUAACGACAGCCAACAAUGGUGUCACAGUGUAUCGGUGACUAGCUGAUGAUCUGUUGCUCUUUCAGGAAGACCAGGUUUAAGUGUGUUUUUACACAACAUUUUAUUUUUUAAUCUACACACUUCCUCAAAUAUAUGCUGCAUUCUUUGCUUUAUUCCUGUUGUGGCUUACAUUUGACAGAGAGAUUCUAUUGAUCAGAAAGCUUAGAUCAACUGACCUACAGGAGUAGGCUGAUUACAUUGUCUUUGCAUUCUAUGGUAAUUUGCUUUAUUUGGUGUAUGUGAAUGCAGAUCAAUAAAUAUAUAUUUCUUACCGCGCUUGCACCUUUUUGUUUGGCAGAGUUUUUGAUGAUUUGACCCUGCUGGGGGAAAAUGUGCCCAAUUGUCACCAAACACUGCCAAGAUAUGUGAACUAUCAAAUACAUGAAUAUGUUUUAUCAAUCAUCAUCAGUAAUUGUUAUAACAAAUUCCUCAGCAUAACCUGGACAAUAAAAGAGGAACUGAAUGUA